UGCAAUGAAGUCGUGUAUCCUGCUCGAACUAUGGCUGCUGCUAGUGGGUGUGUACCUCGUUCACCGUUGUCAAGCCACAUUUCCAUCGAAUGUUGGCAACACCAAGGCACUCAGCUACUACAACCACGACGAGAUGACUGCCUUCCUGAACGAGACCAGUCAACGCUACCCGGGUUUCACCAAGCUCUACACUAUUGGAAAGUCUGUAGAAGGUCGUGACUUGGGGGUACUGUUGGUGACCAAGGAUCCGGAAAAUGAAAUAUUGCUCAAGCCCAACGUCAAGUACGUGGCCAAUAUACACGGCGAUGAGACUGUGGGCCGCCAGAUGAUGGUAUACCUGAUCUCGCACCUGCUGACUCAAUACAACGUGGACCCGAACGUCCGUCAUUUGGUGGACAAUACGCGCAUACACAUCAUGCCCAGUAUGAAUCCCGACGGCUACGCUGCCGCCAAAGAGGGCGCCUGCAACGACGUAAGAGGAAGUUAA